CAUGAGCACCCCUUCUUCAAUUUACUGUUUGACGGAUAGAAGAAAAGAAUGGGCUCUUUCAAAUUCCUGUCGCUCAAUUCGGCACAUAUGAACAAACCCAUCGCGUAAAUAUGACGUUAUAAUGUUCGUAUAGCUCAUUGAUGAUGAUGCCACAUUUGAAUGGUCUACUCUUCGGUCAUCGCCGCUGUGGAAACUCAGAUGAAGUGUUUCUUUAAUCCCAAGGGAAAAUCCAAGUCCAAAGGGAUAUCAAAAUCAGCUACAGAGUUGAAACAAGGAGAAAAAUCCGACAUAUCAGCCAAGAAAAAGGGUUUGAGACCAUCGAAUUCAUUGUGUUCAAGGAGUAUUCCUGAAUUGUACAAAGAGAAGGAGCAAAAUUUGAGGGUUUUCUCUCUGCAAGAGCUUGUUGAUGCAACAAAUGGCUUCAGCAGGCUGUUGAAGAUUGGGGAGGGUGGUUUUGGGUCUGUGUACAAAGGAAUUAUUAAGCCCACAACUCCCAAUGGUGAACCUCUUGUGGUCGCCAUUAAAGAACUCAACCAGCAUAGCUUGCAGGGUCAUAAAGAAUGGCUUGCAGAAGUUCAAUUUCUCAGUGUAGUUAGUCAUCCAAAUCUAGUUAAACUUCUUGGUUACGCGGCUGAAAACGGUACGAAAGGGAUUCAGAGGCUUUUAGUCUACGAGUACCUACCGAACAGGAGCUUGGAACACCAUCUUUUCCAACGAAUGUCGUCGACACUGCCAUGGAAGAAACGAUUAGAGAUUAUCAUUGGUGCAGCGCAGGGCUUGGCUUAUCUACAUGGAGGGUUAGAAGCUCAGGUUAUAUAUCGAGAUUUUAAAUCAGCGAAUAUUCUACUAGACGAGAACUUCAAGCCGAAACUCUCAGACUUUGGCCUUGCUAGAGAAGGACCAAGAGGUGAUGACACACACGUCUCUACAAACGUGGUCGGAACGCAUGGAUAUGCUGCUCCCGAAUAUCUUGAAACAGGCCGUCUCAAGAGCCAAUGCGAUGUAUGGAGUUUUGGUGUGGUUCUAUAUGAACUCCUCACAGGCAGACGAGCAUUGAAUACUACCCGCCCGGUCGGAGAACAGAAACUUCUACAAUGGGUGAGGCAGUUUCCAGUUGACAGUAGUAUGUUCACCAUGUUAAUCGAUCCUCGUCUCAGAAACCAGUACUCCUUAUCUUCCACCCGGGAAGUUGCAAAGUUAGCCGAUCGGUGCUUGAACAAAACACCAAUGAGUCGGCCAACAAUGACAGAAGUAGUUGAAGGUUUACAGAAAGCGCUCGUAAUGUCGGAAGAGAAAACAAGCUCCAAUAGUAAUCAGAAACAGUCUCAUAGCGGCCUGUUUUCUCCAAGAUUUCUUGAUAAAAAGCAUGCCAUGAUUGGAAGACAAGGAAAGGGAGCUUCUUAUUCGAAGACGGGUCGGUGAUUUUGCUUGCUUGAACGAGAUUACGCCAUAGAGAUCCUCAUGAAGAUGAGCCUUUAUG